AAAGAAUCGGAUGACACGCGUGGGCAUCAGUCGGCUUAACCUUUUGAUUUCCUCCUCUAGUUUGAGAUGCGAUGGUUACCACCACUUCUUGGUUUGUAAGCGCUCUCUCUCGUUCUCCUAUUUAUACCUCUUCCAAUACCUCUCGCCGGCGCUGCUAAUCCCUAAAAAAUUUCACAAUCCCUAAAAGAAGAAGAAUUGCUCAAGUAAUUUCGUUAUAAGAGUGAGAGAGAGCGAAAGAGAAUUUUGCCUGCGAUUUGAUACAAUCAUUUGAUGCCGUAAAAAUUCUGUUAAAUCAGAAACAGAAAAAAUCAGCUCAAGGAUGUUUGGCUGUUAGCUGAAUACGUUGGUGGAGGUUGAGAAUUAAUUAACUUUGGGUUUAGAGAGCAAGUAUUCGAAUCGCAGCUGCCAGAUUUGAUUUUGAACAUUUUUAUUAGAGAAAUGGAUCGUUGCGAUACCUCAGGAUUUGUAAGCGGAGGUGGAGAUGCUUAUAAGGUUUUCUAACUCUUAGUACUACUACUGCUGCUGAGGCCAUAGUCUCUCUUUACACCGGAAGUUUGUGCUGUUGGCUUCUCCCUCCUUUGCUUUGGUCUUUCUCUUAGACAAGUUUUCUUCUUCUUUAAGUUGUUGUGAAUCAUGCAUUCUAGAUUCCACAGCACUGGUUUCGCUGCUAAUUCUUCACCCACUCCAUUUAACAUCUUGGGCCGACCCCUUCAAAUUGAAGUAGCAGAGGCUGCCGCAGAUACUACUCUGCGUCUUGAUUCCCUUGCCUCUCCAUUGUCUAACACCAAGGGUAUCAAAAGGAAAUGGAGUCUCAUUGAUGGAUCAAAGGGUCAAGAAGCUGAUCAUUUACUUUCCUUAAGACUCGGUUACUCACCAAGCUCUUCUGAUAGCAAAGGGAGUUCGGCUACUGCUUCCAUGAGUUUAUCUUCUCCCAAAGAAACCGAGGAGGCCUCCUCCAUGGAUCUUGACCUCGACUUUACCCUCCACCUUGGCAACGAGAAACCGACUAGCAUCAAAAGACCAGCUGAGCUGAAAAUGAAAGGGUUGCAGGCUAUCUCCCCUAAAUUUGAUCUGGAGUUGAGCCUCUCCGGUGGAGGAGGGUCUUGUCAAUCUGAGAUCACUGCGGUCCAGCAGCAGGUGAACCAGUUUCCAACUCUUGCGGACAUGCUACGUGCAACUAAUGAAGGAUCCACAUCAUGUGGCUGGGGACAACCUUUAUCAAGAAAAGAAACAAGCUCCUUCUUAGCUCAUGCUCCUAAGAAGAUAAUCAUUCCUGCUGCUCACGUUCAGGACCUGUCAUCUAGCUCAGCAACAACAACACCAUUAAGCUCGGGUACAUUUACUUCCGGUUUAUCUCAGCAGCUGAAGCCACAGCAUAAGAGUUCUUCUAGUUCCAAGUUAUGCCAAGUAGAAGGAUGUCAAAAGGGGGCAAGAGGCGCGUCAGGUCGUUGCAUUUCACACGGUGGUGGACGUAGAUGCCAGAAACAUGGUUGCCACAAGGGCGCUGAAGGUCGAACUGUGUACUGUAAAGCCCAUGGAGGUGGCCGUCGAUGUGAGUUUCUUGGAUGCACCAAAAGCGCUGAAGGCCGUACUGACUUCUGUAUAGCUCAUGGAGGUGGUAGAAGAUGCAGCCACGAAGAUUGUACACGAGCUGCUAGAGGAAGAUCAGGGCUCUGUAUCAGGCACGGUGGAGGAAAGAGAUGCCAAAGAGAGAACUGCACGAAAAGCGCUGAAGGGCUUUCUGGACUCUGCAUCUCUCAUGGAGGUGGUCGUCGAUGCCAAUCUGAUGGAUGCACUAAAGGAGCGCAAGGGAGCACUAUGUUCUGCAAAGCACACGGUGGUGGGAAGCGGUGCACACACCCGGGUUGCAACAAAGGCGCGGAGGGAAGCACACCGUUCUGUAAAGGACAUGGAGGAGGUAAAAGAUGUGCGUUUCAAGAAGGUGAACCUUGCUCCAAGAGUGUUCAUGGAGGUACUAAUUUCUGUGUGGCUCAUGGAGGUGGUAAGAGAUGUGCGGUUCCUGAAUGCACAAAGAGCGCUAGAGGAAGAACUGAUUUCUGUGUAAGGCACGGUGGAGGAAAGAGAUGCAAGUCUGAUGGAUGUGGGAAAAGCGCGCAAGGUAGUACAGACUUUUGCAAGGCGCAUGGAGGAGGGAAACGUUGUGCGUGGGGUCAUCCUGAGACUGAGUAUGCGGGAGGACAAUCUUCUUCUGGUCCUUGUACCUCGUUUGCUAGAGGUAAGACUGGUCUUUGUGCACUCCAUAACAGUCUGGUUCAGGAUAACCGGGUUCAUGGAGGAAUGAGCCAAGAACCGAGACAUAGCAGCAGUGAAACAGAAAACGAGGAAGAGUUUAGUGGUUCUCAAGACAUGCACAUCGACAGGAUGAAAGCGAGAAGUGCUGGUGGAUCUCCAGAGACUGAUGUUGAUCUCAACGAGUAUGAAGUAGGAUUGGGGUUGGCCUCAGAAGGAAGAGUCCAUGGUGGAAGUUUGAUAAUGGCGAUGUUGGCUUCUAGAGAGGGUGGCUCUGGCUCAAGUUACCUGCCUGAGAGGAGUUAAUAAUGUCUUCAGUUUACUUCGAGUCUUAAGGUUGUUCACGUCUAGAGUAUGAUUGUGCACGUGAGAGUGAAAGUGAUAAGAGUCUUGUGUUUGGUCUAGUUUAGGUUUGUGCUAAGUGAGUAAGAAAGGAUGCAAGUCCGUGUCUUGUUUUCCUGUAGAUAUUGGUUAUUGUGAAUUGUCAAAACAGUCUCCCUAUGAUGAUGACGAUGAUAAGAAUAAAACUGAUAUCUUUGUUUCCAG